UGCGCUUCUUAUAUACCUCUUCAUCUCCGACUCACAUUUGAGAUCAGAGUCUGAAUCUCCGCCUCACUCCGCCACUGUUAAAAAAAUCCAUUCUUUUUUUCUUCAACCAAUGGAGGAGGCGAGAGAGAAAAGAUAAGAUCAAAUUUCGUUAUUCCCACUUUUUUUUUGUCUCCAGAAAAAAAAAAAGAAAAAAAAGAAAAAGAAAAAAAAAACCCCUCUUCUAAAUCUUGAAUCUCGAACCAGAACCAACAAUGGCGGAGCAGAAAAAGUACAUUACAUCAGAAGAGCUGAAAACCCACAACAAGAAGGGGGAUCUAUGGAUCUCAAUCCAGGGCAAAGUGUACGACGUCUCCGAGUGGGUGAAGCACCACCCCGGCGGCGAUCUCCCCCUCCUCCACCUCGCCGGCCAGGACGCCACCGACGCAUUCGUCGCCUUCCACCGCGGCGCCGCCUGGCAGUUUCUGGAAAAGUACUCCAACGGCCUCCACCUCAAGGACUACUCCGUCUCCGACGUGUCGAAAGACUACCGCAAACUCGCCUACGAGUUCUCCAAGAUGGGCCUCUUCGAGAAGAAGGGCCACGGCCUCUUCAUCUCCAUCUGCUCAAUAGUGGUAAUGCUCGCCGCCACUCUCUACGGCGUCCUCUGCCACGACGGCGCGUGGCUCCACUUCCUCUGCGGCUGCCUCAUGGGCUUCCUCUGGAUUCAGAGCGGCUGGAUCGGGCACGACUCGGGCCACUACCAGGUUAUGCUAACCCCUAAACUAAACCGGUUCGCCCAAAUCCUCUCCGGCAACUGCCUCGCCGGAAUAAGCAUCGCGUGGUGGAAGAGAAACCACAACGCGCACCACAUUGCCUGCAACAGCCUCGACCACGAUCCCGAUCUCCAGCACAUGCCGUUUUUCGCCGUCUCGUCGAAGUUCUUCAACUCCCUCGUCUCGUACUACUACGACCGGACACUAAAAUUCGAUUCGUUCACUCGAAUGCUCGUAAAAAACCAGCACUGGACAUUCUACCCUGUAAUGUGCUUAGCUAGAAUCAACCUCUUCGCGCAGUCGAUUAUCCUUCUCUUGUCGAACAAGAAAAUACCGUAUCGAUACAGCGAGAUAAUCGGGGUGACGGUGUUUUGGAUUUGGUACCCUCUGCUUGUUUCUUGUUUACCCAAUUGGAGUGAGAGAGUCUUGUUUGUAUUGGCUAGUUUCGCGGUGACAGGUGUCCAGCACGUGCAGUUCUGUUUGAAUCAUUUCUCGUCGCCGGUUUACGUGGGCCCGCCGAAGGGGAAUGAUUGGUUCGAGAAGCAGACGAUGGGGAGUUUGGAUAUCGAGUGUUCGUCUUGGAUGGAUUGGUUUCACGGUGGGUUGCAGUUUCAGAUCGAGCACCAUUUGUUUCCUAGGUUGCCGAGGAAUCAGCUGCGGACGAUCGCUCCGUUUGUGAAGGAUCUUUGCAAGAAGCACGGCUUGCCGUACAACUGCGCCUCGUUUCUGGAGGCUAAUUUUAUGACGAUCAAGACGUUGAGGGAUGCGGCUAUGCAGGCUCGGGAUUUGACGAAUCCUGCUCCGAAGAAUCUGGUUUGGGAAGCGGUCAAUACUCAUGGCUGAAAAUCUUGAUUCAACAAUUGGUUUCUAUUGCUUUUUUUUUUUAUUAUUAUCAAUGUUGAUCGGUUUUUUUUAGCAAGAAUCGACGUUUAUGUUCGUUAUGCAUUUCUCGAUUAAUCUGUAUUGUUUAUGUAUGAAUGUGAUCAGUUUACAAGACUUAAUGCCAUUGUCUUAGUUUGCUGUUUA